UAUAUAUGCAGGUCUUUAUGCAUUUUGGGAUAGGUUGAUCAGUUGUUUUCUUCAGGCAAGUGGGGUUCUUUUUCUUGUCCUAAAACUUUUAGUAACAAGGCCAUUCUCUAAUAGUUUGAUAACUUUCUGGGAAUUUUUGCACUUGGAUAUGCAUUCACGUAGUUGUUUCUGAAAAGGGGUUAAAAGUACAACCACCCUACUCAGUUCAGGAGAGACAUUCAAGAAGUUUGGUGAAUUCCAGGUUCCUAGGAUGUUGUAUCUUUCAAAGGGUUGUGGAUGUGAAGUUGUUCUGUUCUUGUGGUUCUGCUGCUAUUUACUAUUAACUGCUGGUCAGAUCACUGAGCCCACUGAAGUUGAUGCAUUGAGAGCCAUAAAGAGAAGCUUGAUUGAUAUUAAUGGGAGUUUGAGCAGCUGGGAUCAUGGAGACCCAUGUGCAUCUCAAUCUGAAUGGAAAGGGAUUACGUGCUCCAAUACAACAUUAGUCGAUGACUAUCUACAUGUUAGACAAUUGCACCUAAUGAAAUUGAACUUGUCUGGAACUUUGGUACCAGAGAUUGGCCGCUUAUCUUAUCUGGAAAUAUUGGACUUUAUGUGGAAUAACAUAAGUGGGAGUAUACCAAAGGAGAUUGGCAAUAUCAAAACUUUGAGACUCUUACUCCUGAAUGGAAAUAAACUAACAGGUGAUCUGCCAGAAGAGCUUGGCCAACUUUCAGUCCUGAACAGAAUACAAAUUGAUGAGAACAAUAUUACAGGAUCCAUACCUUUAUCAUUUGCAAACCUGAACAGAACAGAACACAUUCACAUGAACAACAAUUCACUUAGUGGGCAAAUCCUACCUGAGCUUUUUCAACUAGGAAGCCUUGUUCAUCUUCUUCUUGACAACAAUAACUUUACAGGAUAUCUCCCCCCUGAGUUCUCUGAGAUGCCAAGCUUAAGGAUACUUCAACUUGAUAACAAUGACUUUGGUGGAAAUAGCAUUCCAGAAUCUUAUGGCAACAUCUCAAAAUUGUCAAAAUUGAGCCUUAGGAACUGCAACUUGCAAGGACCAAUUCCUGAUUUCAGCAGGAUACCACACCUUGCUUAUCUUGACCUCAGUUUCAAUCAGUUGAAUGAAUCAAUUCCUACUAAUAAGCUUUCCGACAAUAUCACAACCAUUGACUUAUCAAACAACAAGCUUACUGGAACAAUUCCAUCCAGCUUUUCUGGUCUUCCACGUCUUCAGAAAUUGUCAUUUGCAAACAAUUCAUUGAGUGGAUACGUUCCUUCUACCAUCUGGCAGGACAGGAGCUUAAAUGGAACUGAACGACUUAUCUUGGACAUGCAAAAUAAUCAGCUAACAAUCAUAUCAGGCACUACAAAUCUUCCUCCAAACGUCACACUCUUGCUUGAGGGAAAUCCUGUAUGCACAAAUAAUAACACCUUAGUUCAGUUCUGUGGACCAGAAAUUGACAAUGGCUUGAAUGGAAACUACAGUGUUAACUGUCCCAGUCAAGAAUGCCCCUCUCCUUAUGAAUACACUGUAGAGUGUUUCUGUGUUGCUCCAUUGGUUGUUCAUUAUCGGUUGAAAAGUCCCGGAUUUUCAGAUUUCCGUACAUACGAGAGAACAUUUGAGAGCUUCUUGACAGAUGGUCUUAAUGUAGAUAUUAAUCAGCUAUUCAUUAAAAGUUUUGCAUGGGAAGAAGGGCCUCGGUUGAGAAUGAACUUAAAGCUUUUUCCUGAAUGUAUCAACAAUAAAAGUUAUUGUUUUUUCAGUACAAGUGAGGUUAUCCGGAUCAGAAACUUGUUCAGAGACUGGGGCAUUUUGAGCAGUGACUUGUUUGGGCCUUAUGAACUUCUGGACUUCAUUGUGGGUCCUUACAGGGAUGUGAUUUCCCCCUCUCCAAGUUCAUGGAUAAGCAAAGGGGCACUGGUUGGAAUAGUCUUAGGUGCAAUUGCCUGUGCAAUUACAUUAUCUGCAAUUGUUUCCAUUCUUAUAUUGAGAAUACGCUUGAGAGAUUAUGGUGCACUUUCCAGACAGCGUAAUGCAUCUAGGAUCUCAGUAAAAAUUGAUGGUGUGAGAUCAUUUGAUUACAACGAAAUGGCUUUGGCUUCAAAUAAUUUUAGCGAGUCUGCUCAAAUUGGAGAAGGGGGCUAUGGGAAGGUUUAUAAAGGUCAUCUUCCUGAUGGCACUGUUGUUGCCAUAAAACGUGCACAGGAGGGUUCACUGCAAGGUGAGAGGGAGUUCCUUACAGAAAUAGAAUUGCUAUCAAGGCUACAUCAUCGCAACCUUCUGUCUCUGAUUGGAUACUGUGAUCAAGGGGGUGAACAGAUGUUGGUUUAUGAAUAUAUGCCAAAUGGAGCGCUAAGGAAUCACCUUUCUGCUAAUUCAAAAGAACCUCUUAGUUUCUCCAUGAGGUUGAAGAUUGCUCUAGGAUCAGCCAAAGGUCUUUUAUAUCUACACACAGAAGCUAAUCCUCCAAUAUUCCACCGAGAUGUGAAGGCCAGCAAUAUAUUAUUGGACUCUAGGUACACAGCAAAAGUUGCUGAUUUCGGACUUUCACGACUUGCCCCAGUUCCAGAUAUUGAAGGAAAUGUACCUGGUCAUGUAUCAACAGUGGUAAAGGGGACCCCGGGUUAUCUUGAUCCAGAGUACUUCUUAACCUACAAAUUGACUGACAAGAGUGAUGUUUAUAGUCUUGGUGUUGUAUUUCUGGAACUUGUGACUGGGAGGCCUCCAAUCUUUCAUGGAGAAAAUAUUAUUAGACACGUUUAUGUGGCAUACCAAUCUGGUGGAAUAUCUUUGGUUGUUGAUAAACGUAUCGAGUCUUAUCCUUCUGAAUAUGCGGAGAAAUUUUUGACUUUAGCCUUAAAGUGUUGCAAAGAUGAACCAGAUGAACGGCCUAAAAUGUCAGAAGUAGCUAGAGAGCUUGAAUACAUCUGUUCUAUGUUACCUGAGUACGAUACCAAGGGAGCUGAAUAUGAUACAAGUAAUUAUUCUGGAACAGUAUGCAGUUCACAACCUUCAUCAUCUACUAUAAAGACUCCUUUUAUUUCAGAAGAUGUGUCAGGUAGUGACUUGGUUAGUGGAGGUAUGCCAACCAUAAGGCCAAGAUAGAAGUUGAAAAAUAUAUCUGCUUUAGAAACUAUAGUUGAUUGAAUCUGGGAAUCUUAGUAUCUUUUGAGCUGAACAAUGAAACCAUGCAUAUUUACUAAUUCACAGAGGACUGGCUUGUUUGUUUUAA